UUAUCUCUGUGAUUGGCUUGUUUAGGAUUCUAAUUGGUGUUAUGUGAGUUAAAAAGUGAUAGUACUAGGUUUAAAGCUAGGGCUUAGAGGUCAGGGAGGAGAAUUUUGAGAGUUUAUUUUAGGAUUUUCUCUAUGAAGGUUGUGAUAAGCUUGUCAUCUGGGUCUUUCUUGAAGGGCUAAGAAAGUUUCAUUUGGGCUGUUAUGGUGGUUUUUCAUAUUUGGUGAUGAAUUGGUUUGCUAUGAAACCAUCAAAUAAAGAAAAUGAGGUGGCAUCCACUGUGAAAGAUACUACCAAAUAUGUGUUUGUUGCACCAGGUGCUAUUGGGAAGGGACGAGGGAGAGGGCAUAAAUUUGUGCGCUCUUUAGGGGAUAAAACUAAUAUUCCAUUUUCUCCAUCUACUGAUCAAGUUAUGCAGUACAACCAAACUGUUGAAACAACUAAGGGACGAGGGCUAGGACUUAAAUCUAUGUGCCGUUUGCAAGCGCUUGGAAAUGAGGUGGGAUCCUUCCAUAAGAGUACAAGAUCAGAUUCUACCAUGUCUAUUGAUCAAGGAAUACGACCAAUGAAUAAAAAUCCAUUGAUUCUUGAGAAAUGGCAAAUGCAAACUAAUAUUCCAUCUUUUUCAUCUACUGAUCAAGUUAUGAAAUACAUCCAAGCAAAUUCAACAAGUGCUCUAGGAAAGGAACGAGGACUUAGAUCUAAGUGCUCCAUUGAAGUAUCUAAAAAUGAGGUGGGAUCAUUCGAUGAGAAUUCUCAUUAUGCUAGUCAAAAUAUGUCAAGACUUUCUAAUAGUACAAGAUCAGCUUCUACCAUGUCUACUACUCAAGGAUUGCGAACAACAAAUAAAAACUCUUUGGUUCAUGAGAAAGAGCAUAUGCAAACUGAAAUUUCAAUUUCUCCUUCUACUGAUCAAGUUAUGAAGUCCACUCAAACAGUUGAAACAAGUGCUCUAGGAAAGGAACGAGAGCGAGGUCCUAGAUCUAUGUGCUCCUUUGAAGUGUCUGAAAAUGAGGCAGGAUCCUUCCAUCAGAAUGCUCAUUAUGCUAGCCAAAGUAUGUCAAGACCUUUUAACAUUACUAGAUCAAAUUCUACCAUAGUUGCUGGUCAAGGAUUGCGUACAGCGAAUAAAAACCCCUAUGUUCAUGACAAAGAGCAUAUGCAAACUGAUAUUUCAGUUUCUCCUUCUACUGAUCAAGUUACGCAGCCCACCCAAACAGUUGAAACAAGUUUAUGUUCUACUGAGAAGGUAAAAAAGGUUCGAGGAAGUAACAAGUGCAAAGAAGUUGCAUCACUUGAAGUUGGACAAAAGCUAAAAGUAACAUUUUACAAUAACCGAACAGUUGGAAAGAACAGCAAUCUAUUUUCGAGGCACUUGGGAAAAUAGUUCGUGAUCGUAAUAUGUGUCCACUAGGAGUAUCAAAGUGGAAUGACAUUAAGGAAGAAAAGUUAAAUCACAUGUGGGCAGCUGUUAAGGAUAAAUUUGAGAGCGAUGACAUGGAUAUUCACCGCGAUCAUAUUUUGGGAUGGAUGAAAGAGUUAUGGAAUAAAUGGAGAGGACAAUUGCAUUCAAAGCAUGUGAAGGGUAAGCCAAUCCAAGAGGCUCUUAAGAAUGUGCCGAAGGGGGUAGACAAGAAACAAUGGGAAUGGUUGGUAAAGGAACAUUUUCUUACAGAAAGUUUUCAGGUUUGGUGUAAUACCUAAUUAUAUAAUUUCAUUUCAUAAUAUGAUCUUUUAAUUGAUAAUUUAUUUAUAACAUUUGAAUUUAAUGUUCUUACUGAA